AUGCAAUCUAAUCAUCAACAUAUUGUAGGGAUCCAUUAUGCAGUCGGCCCAAAGAUAGGCGAAGGCUCCUUUGGUGUGAUCUUCGAAGGUGAAGACAUCCUACAAAACGAUUCUAAAAAUAACUCUACUCCUACCCCAGUAGCCAUCAAGUUCGAGCCAAGAAGGUCAGAUACACCCCAGUUACGAGACGAGUUCAGAGCUUACAAAAUUUUAAACGAUUGUAAUGGUAUCCCCAAUGUUUACUAUUAUGGCCAAGAGGGAAUGCAUAACGUCUUAAUCAUAGAUCUGUUAGGUCCCUCUUUGGAAGAUCUUUUUGAAUGGUGUGGUCGCAAAUUCUCUAUAAAGACAACUUGUAUGUUAGCUAAGCAAAUGAUCGAUAGAAUCAGGUGUAUCCAUGAACACGAUUUAAUAUAUAGAGACAUUAAACCUGAUAAUUUCUUAAUCUCACAAUACCAAAGAAUAUCUCCCAUCGAUGGUUCUUUAUUUACAGGUAUAGCGAAAUCAGCCUGUAAUGAUCCUUCUUUAAUUUAUUUAGUAGAUUUUGGUAUGGCAAAACAAUAUAGAGAUCCAAAGACCAAAAAACAUAUCCCAUAUAGAGAAAGAAAAUCGUUAAGUGGUACUGCAAGAUACAUGUCUAUAAAUACACAUUUUGGUAAAGAACAAUCGAGAAGAGAUGAUUUAGAGAGUUUGGGUCAUGUAUUUUUCUAUUUCCUAUUGGGCAAUUUACCUUGGCAAGGGUUAAAAGCUCCAAAUAAUAAAUUAAAAUAUGAAAAAAUCGGACUUACAAAACAGAGAAUUAAUCCUGAUGAUCUAUUAACGUUUAAUUGUGCCACAUCAGAGUCAGGGAACCCUUUACCACAAAAUUUUGCUACUUAUUUGAAAUAUGUUCGAGCUUUAAAAUUCGAUGAAACUCCAGAUUAUAAUUAUUUAAUUUCAUUAAUGGAUGAUACUUUACUAAAAAAUGGGUUGAAAGAUGAUGGUAAUUAUGAUUGGUUGAAAUUAAAUAAUGGUAGAGGUUGGAAUAUUAAGAUUAAUAAAAGAAUCAAUUUGCAUGGCUAUGGCCAUCCAAAUCCAAAGCAUACAAGAAACGCAAAUAAUACUAAUAACAAUAAUACUACAAAUCCAAAUAAUAAUGGAAUCCACGGCCAUGGGAAUUUAAAUAGUGCCGCUUAUAAUAAUAAUAAUAAUACCAAUAUUAAUGUCAAUUCUCAACAAUUGAAUAAUAAUAACAUUAAUCUAACAAAUUCCCGUACACAUUCACAUUCACAUAAUCAUAAUACACAUACAAAUGGAACAAACACUCCAAAUACAGGGUUCAAUUCCAAUUUAAAUACAAAGAUCAAAAGAAUAUCCACACUCACUAACAAUACUUCGAAUAUCGAUAACAAACCUUCAUUUGUGCCUGUUGUCAAUGAUUCUACUCUUUCUUCUUCAGUCAAUUUGAAUACCCCUUUGAAUGGGAAUUCUAAUAAUAAGAUGAAUUAUGGUUCACAUAAUAAUAAUAAUAAUCUCCCCCAUUCAAAAACUAAUUCGCAUAAUAAUAGUUAUUCAAAUACACGCAAUAUGAGUAAUUAUUCUCAAAACAAUUAUUAUCAAAUCAAUUCCGAUGAAUAUGGUAACCCUAUUGAGGAUGGUAAUCGUAACUCGACUCGUUCUUCAUGGUGGUAUAUUUUUACUUGUGGUUGGUGCUGCUAA